UAAAUAAAAAUUAAGAAAAAUAUAAAGUAUUGAUAUCGGCGGCUAUCCCCAGCGUUGUUAGGGCUGAAGUGUCCAUUACAGCCGUGCCACCCACACUCCUCUCCUUUCUCUCUCUUAGGGUAUAAUUUUUCCUUUCUCUCUCUAACAAAUCUGCAAUUUUCCCAUUCAAUUUCAAUAUUUUUUCAUUUUUUGGGUGAAAUUUAGGGAUUUGGGAUUCAGAUCGGUGAAAUAGAGACAUCAUGUCGGAUAGAUUGACGCGUAUCGCCAUCGUUAGCGCCGACAAGUGCAAGCCGAAGAAGUGCCGCCAAGAAUGCAAGAAGAGCUGCCCAGUUGUUAAAACUGGUAAGUUAUGUAUAGAGGUCACUGUAGGCUCGAAGAUUGCUUUCAUCUCAGAAGAGCUGUGUAUUGGAUGUGGUAUUUGUGUAAAGAAAUGCCCAUUUGAAGCAAUUCAGAUCAUCAAUCUGCCAAAAGAUCUAGAUAAGGAUACAACCCAUCGUUAUGGUCCCAACACUUUCAAAUUGCACAGGUUACCUGUCCCUAGGCCAGGACAGGUUCUUGGUCUGGUUGGCACAAAUGGAAUUGGAAAGUCAACUGCCCUAAAAGUUUUGGCUGGAAAAUUGAAACCAAACUUGGGGCGCUUCACAAACCCUCCUGAUUGGCAAGAAAUCUUGACUCACUUUCGAGGAUCCGAACUGCAGAACUACUUCACUCGCAUUCUGGAAGAUAACUUAAAGGCAAUUAUCAAGCCUCAGUAUGUCGAUCAUAUUCCAAAGGCAGUUCAAGGAAACGUUGGACAAGUGCUUGACCAAAAAGAUGAGAGAGACGUGAAGGAAAAACUCUGUGUUGAUCUAGAGCUGAAUCAGGUUUUGGAUCGUAAUGUAGGUGAUCUAUCUGGUGGAGAGCUUCAGAGGUUUGCUAUUGCUGUUGUUGCAAUACAAAAUGCAGAGAUAUACAUGUUUGAUGAGCCUUCAAGUUACCUUGAUGUGAAGCAAAGGCUUAAAGCUGCCCAAGUUGUCAGAUCCUUGCUUCGACCAAAUAGCUAUGUCAUCGUUGUGGAGCAUGAUCUUAGUGUGCUUGAUUAUUUGUCGGAUUUCAUUUGCUGCUUAUAUGGGAAGCCUGGUGCAUAUGGAGUUGUGACCCUACCCUUCUCAGUCAGGGAAGGAAUUAAUAUAUUUUUGGCUGGGUUUGUGCCUACAGAAAAUCUACGUUUCCGUGACGAGUCUCUUACUUUUAAGGUUGCUGAGACCCCACAAGAGGCUGCUGAGGAAAUUGAAUCAUAUGCACGUUACAAAUAUCCAACCAUGACAAAGACUCAGGGUAAUUUCAAGCUUAAGGUUGCCGAGGGUGAAUUUACUGAUUCACAGAUUGUUGUGAUGCUUGGUGAGAAUGGGACUGGGAAGACUACCUUCAUUCGCAUGCUGGCUGGUCUAUUAAAGCCUGACGUGGUGGAAGGAUCUGAUAUUGACAUACCAGAGUUCAAUGUUUCAUACAAGCCCCAGAAAAUUAGUCCAAAAUUUCAAUCCACUGUGAGGCAUUUGCUACAUCAAAAAAUACGUGAUUCUUAUCAACACCCCCAGUUUUGUUCAGAUGUGAUGAAGCCUCUCCAAAUUGAGCAAUUGAUGGACCAAGAAGUUGUGAAUCUUUCUGGUGGUGAGUUGCAAAGAGUUGCCUUAGCCCUGUGCCUUGGAAAGCCCGCUGAUAUAUAUCUGAUCGAUGAGCCAAGUGCCUAUCUUGAUUCUGAGCAACGUAUUGUAGCUUCUAAAGUCAUCAAGAGAUUCAUUCUUCACGCAAAGAAGACUGCAUUUGUUGUAGAGCAUGACUUUAUAAUGGCAACUUACCUGGCAGAUAGAGUCAUUGUAUAUGAGGGGACGCCUUCCAUAGAUUGUGUUGCAAAUGCACCUCAAUCACUGUUGACUGGAAUGAACUUAUUUUUAUCACAUCUGAACAUUACAUUUCGAAGGGACCCAACUAAUUUCCGUCCAAGGAUCAACAAACUGGAAUCAACCAAGGAUAGGGAGCAGAAGUCAGCUGGAUCUUAUUAUUACUUGGAUGAUUAACCAGAACAGGUGCUAAUCGAUGAUCACGAGCAGCCUCUGGGCAUUUUUAUACCAUAGACGUCUGACGUGAUUAUUAAGAGGUUAACGUCUGAGCAAACAGAUGAUUGGAUAUCAGCAGAAUGCCUUUUGUUUCGUCGUUGAUUUAGUAAUUAUUACUGGUAUUAUGUACUCAUAAAUGUAGUUUUGUUCACCAAUUUUGACAGCAGAUGGAGUAGUUGAUUUCUCUUUU